AUGGAGCAGUUGGAAUCGGAACUGUCCGCGCAGCUUCAGGCUUUGAGGACUGAAAUUGAAGAGAAGGAGAUUUUACAUAAUACAUCCUCAAAACCAUACAGCUCCAUCCAUAUUCCAAAAGAUGUGUCUUACUUUCGUAUGGAGAGGCAACAGGUGCUCCUCAAAGGACUGCAGGUUUCAUCCAUAAAGCCUGUUGUGUCACAAGCAGAAGUGACUCAGAGGGAGCUGGAGAGCUGCCUGAUCCAAGAGUACACACCUGAAAGUUUACCCUUACUACUGCAUCAGUUUUACACAGAUCAAACUUUCAAACUGGCACAAUGCAAAUAUCAACUGAUGCUCAGAUGGAGGAGAUUCGGCCAUCAUUCCACUGUCCUGGAAAAACGAUAUCCUCAAUAUAAGAAGCAGAUCACACACAUGACUUAUGAAUUUGAGGAUUCUGUGCAUCGUGCUCGUCGUCUCGCCGUGUCCAGAGAGAAGGUGCUGGCCGGUGUGGAGAGUCCCAUCAGUGUGGUCACACAAGAAGAUGUCAUCAUUUACCUGCAGUGGCUUAUUUGCCAUCUGCACUCUGUCAAAACCGUCCACAGCUUCCUGCAUGUGCUUCAUUAUCUCCCUUUAACUGAAUGGAAUAAUGAACAGAUGUCCAGUGUUGAAGAUUUGACCUGUCCUGCCUAUUUUUCAGGGGUAAUUGCUUCAAUGUCAGAUAUUCCCUUGCACUCCAUCAAAACAGAGGAUUUCAAAACCCAGUUGGAGUUUCUCCUGUCACAUUACAACAUCCAAUUUAAUAUCCACACCAUCAAGACAACAGCAGAUGAGAUGGAGCUGUACAGUAUGGUUAGUCACAUGUUCAGGAUAGUGUUUAGAAGCCAGGAGGAGAUGAAGACUUUCCUGCAGUACGACAGCACUGAAGCUACAGAGAGGAAGUGGGGGAGGAAGAGCCCAAAUAUGGCUCUCAGGAAAGAGUCCAACUGGAUUCCGCACAUUCAUGUGAAACCAAAACGAGAUCCAUGGCAACAAAAACAAAUGGCCAAACUUAAGGAGCUCAGAUCAAUGGAUGAACUACUUCACAUGCACAGCAAGUUCCUUGAGGAGUCAGAUCUACAUAUAGUGACUGAUGCUUUGAAGCAGUAUGCUGCAUCUGUCUGUCAACAAGACAUCACAAAACCUCCAUCCAUCAGCACAGGACUCCAAGAGACAUUCAAAGAUACAUCUAAAAUGUGGAGAAGCAUUUAUAACAGAGAAAACAUGUUUCAGGUGGCCUUGAAGGUUCGUUCAUCUAAGCAUGGAAACCAAAAACACAAUGAGAAAAAGAAUAAUCGUGGUGCUUAUGAUCUUGAGGAAAAUGAAGAUAUUGAGGACAGUUCCAAUGAUCCUGUAUCAUCCAGAGGAGCGUUUGUGUGUUUAAUCUACCUGCGACACCUCAGGAUCAGAGAACUGAAGCGUACGUGUCUGAGCAUGCUAAACUACUUGCGGUCAGUGGAGAGGACUCUGACGAUGGAUGCAGCAGGUCUGGAGAUGGUUGAAGGUGAUCUGGUGAGCAGUGUGGAGAAGACGGGCUGGAUGAGUGCUGCUCAAGGAGGUGACAGCUCUACAGGAGCUCUCAGAUUACAAAACUACAUCUACAACAGUCCCGUUGACUACAAGGUUCACUGUGCCGAGUUCAUGGAGUUUCCUGAGGUGGAGAAUCUCCAUGACUACUACAGCACUGAUGGGAGCUUCAUCCACACGCAGGACCAGCGAGGUCUCUACAUCAUCUAUGAUGCGGCUCUGGUGGAUCUGAAAGAGUUGGAGCAUCAUCUGUUACUCACAGCAUCCCAUUUCAUUCAGAAGAACAGAGAGUCAUAUGCAUCUAAAGAAUUUUUAGCUGGGAUGGAUGUAGAUCGGUUGGCUGUUCUUUUGGACACCUGGACGUGUGAAGUAGAUUUUCUGGAGCACAAAAUACAGCUGUUGAAUUGCUAUUUGGAAGCUUAUCAGCAUGUCACAGAUCCAGAGGAACGGUUUAGCAUUGCUCAGGUCAUCACAGACAUCAUGCACAAAAGACCACAGAUGGAUUUCACAGCUGGAUACUUUGCACAAGCUUACAGGGAUGCGAUUGUGUGUCUGCAGAGCCACCAACAACUCAUAAAACUAGUGCUGAACAAUCAAAUUGAUGAGCAGAGACAGUAUCUGGAGAGAAUAUGGAGAGAGGGACAGAAUGGUUGUCCUAGUGAAUACGGGCUGCCACCAAAUUACAUCCCGAAGCAUUUGGUAUCAAUUGGUGGAAGCUGGCCUGCUUUGAAGAGUGUGUAUUUAUUGGAGAUACAUCCGUCCUUGUGUUUGGCAUCUCAGCUGUACAAUGCUCUUGAUCGUGUCUGUGUUGAACUGUAUGAGCUAAACAGAGCUAAAACAGCAUCUGAGAGAGUCAAACUUGAGCAAAGGCUCUUGAAAAUGGCCCUGCAUCACUGGAACACCCUUGCCACUCCUGGUGCCACCUGCAGUUCUCAGAUCCAGAGAGAUUUAUUCUCAGAUGUGUUCAUUGAAGACCCUCUCCUGGCCAGAGAGCUCGCUAUAUCUGUUGUGAGAUGUGCUGAGGAACAGGAGAGAAAACAAGGCAAAGAAAGACAGAUGUUUAUGGUGAAGACGUUCUGUACACUGCUAGAACUCAUCACAAUCCGUCACCGCAUCAUUCAAUCAGCAUCAGAGACCGAGCGUCUGUCCCAGUUAUAUAAAUCAAUUGCCAGCAUGAUGGGCUUUGAUCAGUUUCAUUUAUACAUGCGGCCGGUGCAGUUUGAGUUUGCUGUGAAGAAAGAGAUACCAAGACAACUUCCUGUGUUUAUGACAGCUCUUCAGGAGGACAGUCAGUGUGUUGACAGGUAUGUCCCUACUAACCUGCCAUUGGCCAUCCAGGAACUUGAUGAGAAUCAUAUUGGCAAGUUUAGCUAUCAAUCUAACGAGGCUGUCUUACAGCUAAUGAAUCCGUCCAGCCUGGAGAACAUGCAAGUGGUCCUGGUUUGUCAGAUGGUACAGAAGAACGCACUGAUUGGAGCAAUUAAACAGGCGUUGCUUUGCUGUUGGGCAGAGAAGUUUGGUCCAUCCACAGAACCAAGAGCCCAGCCACAUCAUCAUGACAGAUCCACUUCUACUGGAGCACAAAGACAUGCGUUGGCUACUAAAAACAGGCUUGCAGGUGCGUUUGUGUCCAUUCAACUGGAGAAAGUGGCUCUUCGAGAUGAAAUGCUGAAUGCAUUUAUAAAGAACAAAGAACAUACACUGAAGUUAAGCUCUGUACGCAGAGGUGGCUAA